CCAACGCAGCACCAGUCUCGCCUCCGCGACGCCAGCCCCCACACACGGACUCACUCAGAUCAGAGAAGACUGGACAGCGCUAGGAGGACUCACGGUGUUGCAAGGACCCAUACAUAGCAUUCUGAGGACCCAUACAUAGGGCUUGGAGUAUCGCACCCGGAGCAUUAGAAUAUUUAAUAGAGGAUCUAAUUGGUGACUGCACUGACCACAUACAGAGAACGGUUUCCAGCGCAUCUUAUUGACUGCAUGUUGACCAUGCAGAUAGGACCAUACCUAGUGGUUGCCUCAUAAAGGACAGCAAUCAACACAGACCAUACUGACUGGACUAUUCCAUAGAGGACCCUAACUAGACAACCACACACAGAGGAUCAUCCAGAGUGGACAGGAGUCAGAUUGGGGACCAUACAUAACACAUUGAAGAGCACAUACAGCGUCGGGAGAACCCAAAGGACCAUACAGACCAUUGUGUUUAGGAGAUCUUCCUCUGAGUAUAAAGAAGAACAGAGGAACUCUAGAGGAACAUCCAAGGAGAGGACCAUCCAGGACUGUCGACAGAGGAGCAUCCACAGUGUGUCUGUCUUCAGGAGGAGCCUGGAGUCAUGCAUACCAUCCACGGGCUGUGUAGGGUCUGCAUCGCCGCUAGACUGCCUCAGGUGACCAUCCUUCGAGGAAAGGACGGCUAUGGCUUCACCAUCUGCUCUGACUCUCCAGUGAGGGUACAGGCCGUCGAUCCAGGUGGUCCGGCGGAUCAGGCAGGUCUGCAGCAGUUGGACACUGUGCUGCAGCUCAAUGGUCAGCCUGUAGAACAGUGGAAAUGUGUGGAGCUCGCUCAUGCCAUCAGAAACAGCUCCAAUGAGAUCACAGUGGUGGUGUGGCGCACCGGGCCGGCCGCCAAGCCCAGUUUUGAGGGCCUCAUUCACCGGCCCUCCUACAAGCCCAACUACGACACCCCCUCACCCCCCACCAGGCGGAGGGACAGGUCCAAGGACCGGCUAGACCGUGACAAGAUCCCCCCGGCCGUGCCCCCCCUCCCUGCCCACCACAGGACCAGCCGCCGGGUGCUGGUCAACAGCUCUGAGGGGGGCGGCAGGGGAGGGGUAGGAGGAGUAGGGGGGCCGUGGGGGGAGAGGAGGUGCGUAGGAGGGGGGGCGGAGGAGGUGGAUGGUAAAGCCAGGAGCCAGACCCAUAGCCAGAGCCACACAGCCACGCUGAAGGGGACUAGAGUGAAGGCGUCCAACGGAGAUAACUACAUCAUCCUGGCCCCCAUAAACCCAGGAAGCCAGAUAUUGAGGCAUGUCUACCAGGACAACCAUGGUACCUUGGCAGGGAGGAUAUACCCGGGUCAGGCCAGCAUGCCCCAGAAACAGGGGUCUGGCGGUGCCCCGCCUGGGGGUGUAGGACUAGCAGGCCAGACCACCUUCCUACGACGCUCCACUAAUGCCAAGAUGUCUAAGCCAUCCGAAGCCAACCUCUCUGGCCAACCCCCACCCAGCUACCAGCAGGUCCAGAGCUCCAACUUUGCUAACUACCAGAACUGUACUAUAGUACACUCCCAUGUACAACACGACAACCCGCACGGCAACUAUGGCUACGUCAAAGCAGCACCCAAGAUCCUCAUCUUCCCCAUCUUUGUUCAGCCUCUGGACCUGUGUAACCCCACACGGACACUGGUGGUCUCUGAGGAGAUGAUCCUCCACGAGAGCAAGCACCUCUCCAUUAAGGUAAAGGGCUUCUGA